AUGUCUUACCAUUCGCUACCCCCGCCUCGUGCUGAGCUCGACGAUCCCUCGGUAUCUCCACGACCUCCUCGGGUGCUGCUCGUCGGGAAUCUCUGUCACGACGUCAUCACGUUGAAAUCCGGGAAAACGGUUGAGGCGUUUGGCGGCUCGGUCGCGUACAUCUCGCGCGUGCUCGACGCAGUCGGCGUGACGUCGCAAUCCGUCGCGAAAUUCGGCUCGGAUUUCAAGUACUGGGACGCGCUGGGCCCGAAUUGCCGGCCGGUAGUGGUGGGUGGGGACGAGUCGGAGAGAAGGGGGUCAAACGGCCCUGCAGGGACAGCAGCAGCAAAGACGACCGAAUUCUUCGCGGAUUUCACAGGCUCCGACCGCGUGCUGACAGCAGGCCACGUGUGCGAAGCCAUAGAGCCAGCAGAUCUCCCCAGCUUCUCAUGCUCAUGUCCUUGCCCGUGCGGAUGCCAAGAUUCAUAUCCAUUGGCGAAUCCUUAUCCUGAUCAUUCCACUCCACCUGAUGCUGCUGCCACUUCCGCUGGGGAGGACUGUGACAAUAAGAGGUUUGACCCAAGACGACCGAUUGGUAAUCAGAGUGCAGGGAGCUGCUCUCACGUGCCGAUGUUUGAUGUGGGAGUGGCUGCUGGUGUGGCUGGGGAGGUUCCACCAUCAACAGUGCGACACAUUGCAGAAAUCUCACGCCACACGGUUGCAGAUCUACAGUCGAUGGUGCGUGACAUUGACCCUGUGACAGGGGCUGUUGAACUGCUGCAUCUUGAGAAGACCUCUUUUAUGGCUCUCCUUCCGCGGAUAUCAUAUCUUAAGGUCGCCAGUCAUGAAGCUGCCUUCCUGGAUAUUAAGAAUUGUGCUCGGCUGCUUGGCUCAGCCCAAGCUAGGAGUGCAGUGGAGCAAUGCAAUGACGCCAUGGCCGCGAAGGGAGAAGGUCCCGCUAUUGGUAUCGAUCUCGGUACCACCUAUAGCUGUGUCGGUGUGUGGCAGCACGAUCGCGUUGAGAUUAUCGCCAACGACCAGGGUAACCGCACCACCCCCUCCUAUGUCGCCUUCACCGACUCGGAGCGUCUCAUUGGCGAUGCUGCGAAGAAUCAAGUCGCCAUGAACCCCAUCAACACUGUUUUCGAUGCCAAGCGUUUGAUCGGGCGUCGGUUCUCCGAUGCUCCAGUUCAGAGCGACAUCAAGCUGUGGCCGUUCAAGGUCACCUCAGGACCCGGCGAGAAGCCCAUGAUUGAGGUGCAGUACAAGGGCGAGACCAAGGUUUUCGCUGCGGAGGAGAUCUCUUCCAUGGUGCUCAUCAAGAUGAAGGAGAUCGCCGAGGCUUACCUCGGAAGCACCAUCAAGAACGCCGUCGUUACCGUCCCUGCUUACUUCAACGACUCUCAACGACAAGCCACGAAGGACGCGGGUGUCAUCGCGGGCCUGAACGUCCUCCGUAUCAUCAACGAGCCCACUGCUGCUGCUAUCGCUUACGGUCUUGACAAGAAGGCGACGAGCACCGGCGAGAAGAACGUUCUUAUCUUCGAUCUUGGCGGAGGAACCUUCGAUGUGUCGCUGCUGACGAUCGAGGAGGGUAUCUUCGAGGUGAAGGCCACUGCUGGAGACACUCACUUGGGCGGUGAGGACUUCGACAACCGAUUGGUGAACCACUUCGUUCAGGAGUUCAAGAGGAAGUACAAGAAGGACAUCACCAACAACCCCAGGGCUCUCCGUCGUCUCCGUACUGCCUGCGAGCGUGCUAAGAGGACUCUUUCGUCGACGGCGCAGACUACCAUUGAGAUCGACUCUCUGUAUGAGGGUAUCGACUUCUACUCCACCAUCACCCGUGCCAGAUUCGAGGAGCUCAACAUGGACAUGUUCCGCAAGUGCAUGGAGCCAGUUGAGAAGUGCCUCAAGGAUGCCAAGAUGGACAAGGGUACGAUCCACGACGUGGUGCUCGUUGGCGGGUCCACGCGUAUCCCCAAGGUGCAGCAGCUCCUGCAGGACUUCUUCAACGGCAAGGAGCUCUGCAAGAGCAUCAACCCCGACGAGGCCGUCGCGUACGGUGCGGCCGUGCAGGCGGCUAUUCUCAGCGGCGAGGGUAACGAGAAGGUGCAGGACCUGCUGCUGCUCGAUGUUACUCCCCUGUCCCUGGGUCUGGAGACUGCUGGCGGUGUCAUGACCACUAUCAUCCCCAGAAACACCACGAUCCCCACCAAGAAGGAGCAGGUGUUCUCUACCUUCUCCGACAAUCAGCCUGGUGUGUUGAUCCAGGUGUUCGAGGGUGAGCGCGCUAAGACCCGGGAUAACCAUCUGCUCGGAAAGUUCGAGCUGUCCGGCAUCCCCCCUGCUCCUCGCGGUGUCCCCCAGAUUACCGUCUGCUUCGACAUUGACGCUAACGGUAUCCUGAACGUCAGCGCCGAGGACAAGACCACCGGCCAGAAGAACAAGAUUACCAUCACCAACGACAAGGGCCGGCUCAGCAAGGACGAGAUUGAGAAGAUGGUUCAGGACGCGGAGAGGUACAAGGAGGAUGAUGAGCAGCACAAGAAGAAGGUUGAGGCGAAGAACUCCCUAGAGAACUACGCCUACAACAUGCGCAACACCAUCAAGGACGACAAGAUCGCCAGCAAGCUUGACGCCGAUGACAGGAAAAAGAUUGAGGACGCCGUGCAGUCGACCAUUGACUGGCUCGACCAGAACCAGCUGGGUGAGGUUGAUGAGUUCGAAGACAAGAUGAAGGAGCUGGAGGGCAUCUGCAACCCUAUCAUCGCCAGGAUGUACCAGGGAGCAGGAGGUGCUCCUCCUGAGGCUGACAUGGAUGGCGCCAGUGCCGGAUUUGCUGGAGGUGCUUCCGGUGGUGGUGGAUCUGCUGGGCCCAAGAUUGAGGAGGUCACCAAAGGCCCUGGAGACAAGCCCAUGAUUAAGGUCGAGUUCAAGGAAGAAACCAAAGUCUUCGCUCCCGAGGAAAUUUCUUCCAUGGUUCUCAUCAAGAUGAAGGAGAUUGCAGAGGCGUACCUCAAAAGCACUGUUAAGAAUGCGGUCGUCACCGUUCCUGCGUCCUUCAACGACUCGCAACGACAAGCCACGAAGGACGCUGGCGCAAUCGCGGGCCUGAAUGUCCUCCGUAUCAUUAACGAGCCCACCGCCGCUGCUAUCGCUUACGGUCUCAUCAAGAAGGCGACCAAUUCCGGCGAAAAAAACGUUCUCAUAUUCGAUCUUGGCGGAGGUACCUUGGAUGUGUCGCUUCUGAUUAUCAAGGAGGGUACUUUUGAGGUUAAGGCGACUGCUGGUGACGCUCACUUGGGCGGUGAGGACUUCGACGCCCGUCUGGUGAAAUUCUGCGCUGAGGAGUUCAAGAGGAAGUACAGGAAGGACAUGAGCACCGACCAGAAGGCUCUCCGUCGUCUCCGCACUGCUUGCGAGCGUGCCAAGCGAACCCUCUCGGACUCGACGCAGGCGAAAAUUGAGAUUGACUCUCUGUACGAUGGUCAAGACUUUGACAGCACCAUCACCCGUUUAAGACUCGAGGAGCUCAACAUGGACUUGUUCCGCAAGUGCCUUGAGCCGGUGGAGAAGUGCAUCAGGGACUCGGGGUUGAGCAAGCAUCAGAUUCACGAAGUGGUGCUCUUCGGUGGCUCCACGCGCAUUCCCAAGGUGCAGCAGCUGCUGCAGGACUGUCUCAACGGCAAGGAGCUCUGCAAGAGUAUCAACCCCGACGAGGCCGUCGCGUACGGUGCUGCCGUGCAAGCGGCUAUCCUCAGCGGCGAGAAGGUGCAGGACCUGCUGCUGCGCGACGUCACGCCUGUGUCCCUGGGUCUCGAAUCUGCCAACGAGGUCAUGAACGUGAUCGUUCGCAGGAACACCGCGAUUCCCACGAAGAAGGAGCAGGUGUUUUCCGGUAACCAGCCUGGUGUGUUGAUCCAGGUGUUCGAGGGUGAGCACCCCAAGACCAAAGAUAACCGUCUGCUCGGGAAAUUUGGGCUGUCCAAUAUCCCCCCUGCUCCUCAGAUCACCGUCUGCUUCGACAUGGACGCUAACGGUAUUCUUAAUGUCAGUGCCGAGGACAAGACCACCGGCCAGAAAAAGAAAAUUAAGAUUGAGAAGGGGCGGCUGAGCGAGGCUGAGAUUGCGAAGAUGGUCCAGGACGCUGAGAGGUACAACGCGGAGGACGUGCGGGAUAAGAGGAAGGUGAAGGCAAUGGACUCGCUUAUGACGAUGAAGGAGAUCGCCGAGGCUUACCUCGGAAGCACCGUUAAGAACGCCGUCAUCAGCGUUCCUGCGUCCUUCAACGACUCGCAACGACAAGCCACGAAGGACGCUGGCGCAAUCGCGAGCCUGAACGUCCUCCGUGUCAUCAACGAGCCCACUGCCGCUGCUGUCGCGUACGGUCUCGACAAGGUCACGACCAGCGCCGACGUUAAGAACGUUCUUAUCUUCGAUCUUGGCGGAGGUACAUUGGAUGUGUCGCUUCUUACGAUCGAGGAGGGUGUUUUCGAGGUGAGGGCGACUGCUGGAGACUCUCACUUGGGCGGUGAAGAUUUAGACAACCGUCUGGUGAACUACUUCAUUCAGAAGUUUAAGAGGAAAUACAGGAAGGACAUGAGCAACAACCCCAGGGCUCUCCGUCGUCUCCGAGCUGCUUGCGAGCGCGCCAAGCGAAUCCUCUCGUGCACCGCACAGACGAGCAUUGAGAUCGACUGCUUGUACGAUGGUAUCGACUUCCACACCACCCUCACCCGUACCAAAUUCGAGGAGCUCAACAUGGACUUGUUUCGCAAGUGCAUGGAGCCGGUUGAGAAGUGCCUCAAGGACGCCAAGAUAGACAAGAAUGAGGUCCACGACGUGGUGCUCGUCGGCGGGUCCACGCGUAUCCCCAAGGUGCAGCAGCUCCUGCAGAAAUACUUCAACGGGAAGGAUCUCUGCAAGAGCAUCAACCCCGACGAGGCCGUCGCGUACGGCGCGGCCGUGCAAGCGGCUAUCCUCAGCCACGAAUUUGAUGACCUGCUGCUGUUGGAGGCUAUUCCGCUGUCCCUGGUUCUGGAGACUGCCGACGGUGUCAUGACUGUUGUCAUCCCCAGAAACAGCACGAUUCCCGUGAAGAGGGAGCAUGUAAUCUCUACCUCCUCCAGCAACCAGCCUGGUGUGCUGAUCCGGGUGUUCGAGGGUGAGAGUGCCAAGACCCGGGAUAACCAUCUGCUCGGCACGUUCGAGCUGUCCGGCAUCCCCCCUGCUGCCCGCGGUCACGCUCUUGAGGUCACUGUCUGGUUCGACAUUGAUGCCAAUGGUGUUCUAAACGUUGGUACCGAGGACGAAACUACUGGCCAGAAUAACAAGUUUUCCAUCGUGAGAGAUAAGGGCCGGCUCAGCAAGGAUGAGAUUGAGAAGAUGGUUCACGACGCGGAGAGGUACAAGGAGGACGACAAGCAGCACAAGAGGAAGGUGGAGGCGAAAAACUUGGUUGAGAGCUACGCCUACAACAUGCGCAACAGAAUACAGGACGACAAGAUCGCCAGCAAGCUUAAAGCCGGUGAUAGGAAGAAGCUUGAGGUUGUAGUGCAGUUGACCAUUGAGUGGCUCGAUAAGAUCCAGUUGACUGACGUGGACAGAUUCGAAAAUAAGAUGAAGGAGCUGGAGGGUAUCUGCAGACUUUUUCCAGGGUGUUUGAGUUAG